UUAUUAAAUGUAUUUUAAUUUUAAAUAUCUAAAUACAUAUACUAUAAUUUAAUUAGGACUUCCGUUUCCGGUGUCAUAGAGAGUGACAGGUGUGUGUGUGGCGUGUGAAAGAGCGAGUGAGUAAGGUGGUUAAGAAGCAGAGAAUAAUUGCGAGAGGGGUGGCAGUGAGAGAAGGUACGUUAGGUGGAGUAGGGGAAGAAGAGUAGGAGAGGAGAAAAUAGUAAUUAGUUAAUUAGAGACGAAAGAGAAUUGAGUGGGCAGGUUAGAGAACAUAGAGAAGGUAGGGGCUAGAGAGAGGAUUAAAAAACAAGGGGGAUGUAGCGAAAAAGAAGGGGAGGCCGACAAAUUUAGAAAGGCUGACUAGGGAAAGAACAAGAAGCAUGAAUAGCAUAGAAGAAAUGUUGAUAAGGGGAAAAAGGAAGGAACGAGAGCAGGAUGAGGAGGGGAUGGAGAUAAUGGAAGAGGAGGAGAUACUUAAAAGAAGCAGGAUAGGAAAGGGGUCUCCGGAAACGAAUGAGUGUAGAGGGGGCAAUUUGGGUAAAAUAUUAGAGGAAUUAGGAAAGCUGGGAAAGAAAAUGGAUGAAGGAAAGGAGGAGUUGAAGAAACAGAUAGCAGAUCUAAAAAAUAGGUGGGAGGAGGAAAGGAGAGAAAUGAGGGAUAGGAUAGAGUUGAUGGAAAAAAGAAUAGAAGACUUAGAAGAGAAAUUGGAGAAGGAGGGGGAUAAAAGGAGGGAAACUUUAAAAGAAGAGGGGAGAAAGGAAGGAAAGGAGGGGGCAGGGGGGAUAACGAGAAGAAUGAGAGAGGUCGAAGUAAGGUUAGACAAAAGGGAGAGGGAAUCAAGGAGAAAUAAUAUAAUAGUCAAAGGAAUUAAGAUAGGAGAGGGAAAGGUGGAAGAGACAAUAAAGGAGCUUUGGGGGGAAAUGGGUAUAGAAGAGAGCCUAAGAGAGGUAAGGAGAGUAGGGGGGGUAGACAGAGAGGGGAGAGGGAUGAUGUUAGUAAAGUUAGGAAGCUUGGAGAGCAAGAGGAGAGUGAUGGAGGCAAAGAAGAGACUAAAAGGUAGAAGGGAGAGGAUAGAUGACGAUUUAACGAGAGAGGAGAGAAGAGCGAGAUGGAAAAUAGAAAGGGAAGCAGAUAAAGAGAGGGAAAAAGGGAAGAGAGUUAAUGUAGGAUAUAUGAGGAUGUGGGUAGAUGGGAAAGUAAAGAUAUGGGAUGAGAUAGGAGAAAUGUGGUUUGGAGAUAAGGUAAACGAGUAAGGAGAGGCAGUAUGAGGGGAGGAAAA